AUGGUCGACAACGCUGGUGGUGACGAAGGAAAACAGUCGCGCAGCAAGAGCAUCAACCAUGCGCAACUUGCAAAGGCUCUGUCCGAGCUCGAGUUGCAUUCAGCCGACCUUUCUGUAAGCAAGAUGGCCGCGCUUGCUUCGCCAUGCUUCUUCCACAAGAAGUUUGACAAGGCAGUCAACCUGGGAAAAGUGCUUGAAGAGAUGAACGACGAUGACUCGAUAUCGCACUCCAGGCUGAUGCAAACCGCAUGCAGUGUUCGUGAGGUCUCAAAGCAGCUCCAGCGACGGCCCAUCAAGAUGACGGUGCGCAAUGUCAUGAUUGUUACCAAGGCUCGCGACAACAACCUUGUGUACCUCACGCGCGAGUUGGCUGAAUGGCUCAUGACUAGCUCUCGAUACGGCUCAGAUGUUGGAGUGAACGUCUACGUGGACCACAAGCUGCGCAAGUCGAAGCGUUUCGAUGCUGCCUCCCUGUUGGCCAAGGACAAACGCUACGAGAACAUGCUUCGCUGGUGGACACCAGACCUUUGCUGGGAAACCCCUGAGAUUUUCGACCUGGUGCUCACCCUGGGUGGAGACGGCACUGUGCUCUUCACCUCCUGGCUCUUCCAGCGCAUCGUACCCCCGAUUCUGUCCUUCUCCCUCGGUAGUCUUGGUUUCCUGACAAACUUUGAGUUUGCGCAAUACCGACCAGCUCUCGACAAAAUCAUGUCUGAGACGGGUAUGCGUGUCAACCUCCGCAUGCGCUUCACCUGCACCGUAUACCGGUACCAGAAGAACACUGUGCAAGAUUCGCCUCAACACAUUGAAGCCGAGCAAUUCGAGGUACUCAACGAGCUCGUCAUCGACCGCGGCCCAUCGCCCUACGUCUCCAACCUCGAGCUGUACGGCGACAACAACCUGCUCACCGUUGUGCAAGCAGAUGGCUGCAUCUUCUCCACACCCACCGGCUCAACAGCAUAUUCGCUCUCCGCCGGCGGCUCGCUCGUGCAUCCAGAUAUCCCGGCCAUCCUGCUCACGCCCAUUUGCCCACACACAUUGUCUUUCCGCCCUAUGCUGCUCAACGACAGCAUGCUCCUCCGCAUCGCCGUGCCCCUUAAGUCCCGCGCCACCGCAUACUGCGCCUUUGACGGCAAGGGCCGCGUCGAGCUCCGCCAGGGUGACCACGUCACCAUUGCGGCUUCCCAGUACCCCUUCCCCACCGUCCUCUCACAGCCCACCGAGUGGUUCGACAGCAUCUCCCGCACGCUCCGCUGGAACUCGCGCGGCGCAACACAGAAGGCCUGGGACGGCGACGAGGAAGGAGAGGACGGUGAGGAGGAGAAGGAACCGGAUUUCGAUAUCGACUUUGACAAUGACGACGUUGAUCGGGAUUCGGGAUAUAGUGCCGAGGGCAGUACUGUUGAUGGGCGCGGCAGCCCUAUAAGAAAGGGUGUUAUACUACCUUUAUUGUAA